GCGCAAAGCUUAUGCAGCCUUCCCAAGAUCUCCCUUGCUCAUCGGUGACUGGAAAAUUAUAAUUAAAAUGGAUGCCAGUAAAUUGAAGGAAUUUAGAGAUGGAGCUCGUGCCAUUGAAGAUUACAUAAUAAGCUUGAACAGGUGGGAGAAAAAUAUUAAAGAAGAAGACAAAAAGUUGAUGGAAAUAUGUGCACAACAGAGGAACCAUGACCUCUCUGAGGAAUUUCCUAUUCGCUCUAAAGCUCGAGAGCUGCUUAUGUCAGAAGGUAAAAGAGAGGAGGUGGAAAAGAAAGAUCCAAUGAAAUCUGUCAUUGGUGGCAAGUCAAAGAUCAAUGCAUAUGAUUAUGCAGCUUGGGACAAGUAUGAUGCUGAUGCUGCAGCAGAAGAAGUGGACAAAUUUACUCCUAAUCAAAAUAUAAAGUCAUUGUCCUCAGACUCUACACCUUCAAGCAACCUUAAGCAAACAAGGCAGAUAUCUUCAACGGAACCUCCAGCUUCUACUGAUGAAGCCAAGAUUAAAGCAUUAAAACUUAAGGAUGAGGGUAAUGAACUUUUUUCUGCUGGCAAAUAUGCUGACGCCAUCAAGGUUUACUCUACCGGCCUCAGUCUGGAUUCCAGUAACCACAUCCUCUAUGCCAAUAGAGCCAUGGCUUAUAUAAAGCUUGAGGAUGGCAGAGCAGCUGAGCGCGACUGCAACGUAUGCAUCUCAUUGUGUCCAGACUACCUAAAGGCUUACCUAAGGCGUGGUGUGGCCAGACUGCUCCAAGAUAAACUCCAACUAGCAUUGGAAGACUACAAUAAGGUGCUGACAGUUGAGCCAUUUAAUAAGGACGCCAAGUUUCAUGUGAGCCAAAUUGAACAGAAACUGGCCUCAGUCAAGCAGACAUCCAAGCCGCCAAGUUCUCAUGAAAAUAAGUCAAGUUUUGAAAUCCUUGCUGCAAACCGAUCUCAGAAGCCGCUAACAAAAGUAGACAUCAUUGAAUUGAACAAAGAAUCUCAAGUUCCGCCGUUCACUCGAGCAAUGAUUUCUCCCUCAACUCGAGCUCAAGAUACUGCUGCAUUAACCAGUCAUCAGAGGGUCGAUCCCGCGGCUACCUCCAGCAAUGAAAAUAUUUCCACUUCCGAAGUGAUCCGUGUAGAAACUCACCCUAAUUCGCCUAUUGCUAAUAUACCAACAUCUCCGACAACUGAAGCGAAAGCAGUAAAUUUCAGUGAGAAACAAUUUAUUGAACCUGAUUCAUGUUCACGAAUAUGUAAGUCUGAGCACGACGCGCAAUGCGAACCAAUGACGAAGUCUUCCCAGCUAAAAUGUGUGGAGUCUGAGCCAUUAGCUGAAUCAUUCAGUAAGUUUACACAGGAAUCAGCAUCGCCUCAAAUAUUCGUUGCAACGUCGGACUCGUUACAGAAAUCCGAGGAAUCCAAACUUCCUCUACCAUCGGUGCCUCGCACGUCGCACCAGUUCAUGACUGUUUGGGCUAGACUUGUUUCUGCGUCCCCUGACUUAGCUCUUCAGUGGCUUCAGCAGAGUAUGAAGGCGUCCCUAUUACGGAAGUUUGAGCUGGAGACUGAAUGCAUAGGCAGUUUAGUGCAGCAAUUGCUGCGAUUGCGCAAGGCCGUGCAAGAAUCGUCUGAUGCUUCGUACGUCGAUACGUUCGUAAUCGCCCUCACGGAGUCGAGAGGCUUCGACUUACAAGUGCUAUUCUUGGAGGAAACUCGCAAAAAUGACUUUCUUGAGCUUCUCGAGUUGAUGGAAGCAUCACAACGGAGUCUGCCUGCCAAGCUCGUGGCGCUGAAACAAGCUAUCAUAUCGCCAUAAAUAUGCUUCCUGUCCUGAUUUGUGACGUCUGGGAAACUAUGUUGUUCUCUGCUGAGUUUUUUUUUUUCGAAAUGCAACAGAUUUCCUUUGCUGACAACUCAAGUUUUUGGCCGUCAUGUUGUAAAUUAAAAACUUUAUUAAAAUUCUCAUUCAUU